UCCCAACAUGGCGGGUGAGUCCACGCUCUCUCUCAGUGUCGCCAGGAAAGCUUAGCGGACAAGCUGCCGAAAUGCCUUCGCUCACGUCUGAUGGUGUAUCUGGCAUAGCUAAAAGCUCCCUCCAGCACUAUGUUAUUGAUAGUAAUGAAGCUCUGGAAUUUAAGCUAGUGCGGGCAGCAGCUGACCUCGAAGAUGAGGAGACUACAUUCAAACCUGACAUGUCUCAUCAGGUUUACGGUGACAGUGAACAGAUCUUUGGAUACAGUGGUUUGCGUGUGAAAUUGUACUACAGUGCGUGCAGGCUUACCACGUAUCUUGCUCAUACUUAUGCAGAAAAGGUUGACCCGGAAAAAUUUGAUGGUGUUCAGCCAGAUGAAGUUAUCAAACCAGUGGCAGAGAGGAUUCCACCAGGCUACUUAACAAAUUUAAAUGACUUCACAGCAGCCCUUCAGAAAGAUGCCACUUUCAAACCAUUUGGUGAAAUGUUGCAUAGAUUUACUGUUGCAACAGAGGAUGGACAAGGAAAAACCUAUGAAGUUUAUUACUGUGACAUAUCAACCUCAGGAUGGAUAGACUUCCAUGAACGACUUCAGACAUUUAUUCUCUGGUAUAUUGAUGCUGCAUCUUAUAUUGAUGUUGAUGACGAUAAGUGGAGAUUCUUUGUUAUAUAUGAAAAGUAUGUGGUGAAUGGAAUCCCGAAUUAUGCAGUAGCAGGUUAUACUACUGUAUAUGAGUAUUAUGCAUAUCCAGCCAACAUCAGACCUCGCAUUUCACAAAUGUUGGUUCUUCCCCCAUUUCAACGUUUGGGCUUGGGAGCACAGAUGUUAGACAUCAUAUACAACCAUUACAAGAAUAAUGCAAAAGUUACAGAUAUUACAGUGGAGGAUCCCUCAGAUAACUUUGUACGGUUGCGGGACUUUGUCGACUCCAAAAAUUGCCUGAAGAUGGACUCAUUCCAGCCAUCAAAGCUGACUGAAGGAUUCACUGAAGCCAUGGCUAAAGAAGCCCAGGAGAAGUUAAAGCUGAAUAAAAAACAAGUUCGACGUGUGUAUGAGAUCCUCAGACUUCACAUAACAAACCGAUCAGAUAAAGAAUCUUACAGAAGAUACAGAUUGGAAGUUAAGAACCGGCUUAAUGUUCAGUACCAGAAAGAAGAUAGAGACAUGGAGAAGCUGAAAAAGAUACUGAAGCCAGAAGAGUACCAAGCCACAAUGACCAUCACGAGCAAAGAGCAGCGCCUGGAGAGUUUGGAACGCCAAUAUAAUGAUCUGGAGGAUCACUACUUACACGUUCUGGAGCGUCUGGCAGCUACCAAUUUGUCUUGACCAAUUUAAGGAUAGCAACAAACCUCGACUUAUUGUGUGGUCAUGGUUUAUUUUACUGAAAAUUAAUGAAUAGUAUUUGGAAGAAGCAACAGCUCAUACCCUUCUUGUGCGUAACCAGUUUGCUUGAAACAAUUUGGAUGGCAUUGUUCAUUUCUGGCAAAUGAAAAUACUUUUUUCCCCCCAAACAAUAAAGCAUUUGUUUGCUGCACCUUUGUCACUUAAUUCAGUAAUACUUUUAUAAUUUCAGGCAGCAACUUGUAUUAUCAUAAAUGGCAAAAUUUUGUCAUAAACAACUUACUAUGAAAAAUAAAUUGUGUUAUACCAUUUGUCAUUUUAUUAAUGGAUUUCAAAUCUUGACCAGUAAAGUUUAUAAAUAUGUAAUCUAACAUAAAUAGAAUUGGUAUCGUCCUUGACUGUGAAAUGCCAGAUGUUGCAAAGCAAUAGUUAACAUAAAUAGAUGCACGCACACAUGUACGUGUGUGUGUGUGUUUGUAUUAUAUAUAUGUAUGUAUAUAUUUAUAUGUAUAUGAAUGUGUAUAUAUAUAAAUAUAUAUUUGUGUGUAUAUAUAUAAAGAAAACAUGAAUAAAAAACAAAUACUCGGUUUGGUAAUCUGAUGAUCUGGCUGAUAUUACAAUUAGGACAUGAAAUGAAUUAAAAAAUAAAAUAAGCAAAGAGAUAAUUUAAUCCAGAAACUGUUGCUUAAGAAUCAGGUUUGAAACAAGUUUAACACUGAUGUUUAUCUUGCUAUUGAAGGAACAGCUUAUGCCAGAAAUUAUCUAUCACUGUGACCAAGUUUCUAAUACAAGAAUUCUGUAAUAUCCAGAAGAGGUCCAAUACAUUUGCAUUUGAUUUCAAUGAUAAUGGAAUUAUUGUCAUGUGUAUUCUUAAUGAUUAAAAGUAGAAAAUGUUGAGCUCAAUUAUAUAUAUUCUUUGUGUGACCCCAAAGUGUCGGUAUCCUCUUUUAAGUAAUUUUUUCCCAACAUUUCUAUAAUCGACCUCAAGCUAUUGUUGUCAUAUCCUUCUGCCAUUCCUGGUCCUUCUUCCAACCAGUGUGGCAUUAAGCCUGGAUGGAACCCUGCCAAAUAGAAUCAGGAAGUAAGUCUGUUUGCCUUAACAAUAUUUAAUGUUUGGUUGAUGAAGUACAAAAAUACAGAGUAUGGAAUUGUAGUUUACAGCAGUCUGUAUAGUUUUCAGAAGAGAAUUAUAUAUUGCCAUGUUAAUAUUUAGUGCUGUAGUUGGUAGAGAUAUUAUUGAUGUGGUUACAAAGGUCCAAAUGUGUAGAAGGCUGUGGAAGUCUGGAAUUCACUAAAGAGUUGGCAAAGGUUAUCUGAUUGGAUAGUUACAUAUUAUAGAAGGCAGAUGAGAUAAGAUUCAUUGUUGCAAUAAAGGUUUUGAGGUUUGUAGAGCUUGCGUGGAAAAUCUACUUGCAUUAAAUUUGCAGUUGAAAGAAAUAUAUAUAUUGUCCUAUUUUAAGCAUCUAUUGUUUAUUUACUUUUAUUGAUCCUUAGAACAAAUGUCCUUUAACUGAAAUUUAUAGUGGCAACACCUACCUCCACUUGAUGUACUGUAGCCUAGUUGGUUUUCACUUACUGCUGGAUACAAAGAAUAGAAAUGCUUUGUUUGUCAUAUCAUGAGAGAAGGGCAUCGGGUCUCAGGGUUUAACUUGUUCUAAUUCUACUUCCGGUCUGGCCACUGAGCAGAUACUUUUUUAAUGCAGUUUACCCAGUUGAAUAUAAUGAGAAUAGGAAGUGGAAUUGUCCUCUCUGCUGUUGUGUCCAGAAAGGUCUAAAAUUGAUUUUGGUAAAUCAGUGUAAAAUACAGUAACCAUUAAUAAUUAGUGUGAAAGCUAACAAAGGUUGUAUAUGAAUACAGUGAUUUAGGUAAUUCAGUAGAAUUAAUGGAUGCUCAUUGAAGUAGUUUUGCCAUUUCAUAAUUAGAAAGGGAUAAAGGCAGGCAGAACACAUUAUGGUUAUUUAUGUGAGUUGAAAAAGAUUGACAAUGUUUUUUUUAUGCUAAUUGUUCAAGAUGAAUAUUUAAUUUUUUGAUGUUUCAUAGAAAAAUAUGUAGGCAUUAUAUUUAGAUGGUAAAUUUAAUGUUCAUAGCAAAAGAGUAAUUUAUCUGUCUUCAUAAUGUGCACAGCAUUCACAAUUUUGUACUAGUUACUUCAAUUGAAACUUUACAAGAUCAUUUGCAUAUAAUAUUAGAUCAAUAUAAAGCAUAUUGACA